AUGCAUCAUCAAAACUCUCAGAACCCCAGCUCUUCGAGCUCUGGCCCUUCCUCCAAUGGACAGACAGGCCAGUACUACCACGAUCCUCGCUCUUCCUACCCUUCGACCUACAACCAAGCUGCAAAAACACCCAUUCGCGAUGUAAACUCAUCCGGUCCCCAAGUCUACAAUGGCUCAAACAUGCAGAAUCAACGCAACAAGUUUACAUCUAAAGCUGCUGCCCCUAUUACCGUGAACUCUAACCUGGAUUGGUCGGCCGCAAACCGUGCCUACAACAGUCCGCUGAUUCUUGUACCCAAUUCAACCCUCUUCAGUGGCAUUCCACAGGUAUCCUCAUUUGUCACCAGUCCGAUCACUGGGCAAACCGAUCAGGUCAACCAGUUUCCUUAUGUCCCGACCGGUGUGUACCAGAAUCUUGGUUCUAUGAUUCCCGGAACCUACUCGUCAUGGCCAUACAUGAUGAACUACGAGUUGCAGGACAACAAACAAAGUGUCUGGAACCCAGCUGAUCAAAAGGGAGCUCAGAAUGAAAACAGUGGCUCACUUCAGUACUAUCCAUCAUUUGUACCCACUUUAGACGGUGCCUCUUUGUCGGGUUAUUCCUAUCCAAACAUGCUUCCCCAGGUUGGUCCCCUCUCACUACCAUUCCAGAUGAUGAAAACCACCAAUGGAUACGUUAUCCAGGACCUCGACGCCCUGACCCAGCAAGAUCCCGCUAUCCCUCGUGCCGUACCGGCCAUGUGGACCAACCCAUCCGAGUUAACUCUGGCCAAGUGCCUGGAGAACCGUGAAGGCAUUACCAAUGUCUACAUCCGAGGCUUCCUCCCCGAGACUACUGACGAUAUGCUGCAUGCUUACGCUUUUCGAUUUGGAAAGAUCGAGCGUUGCAAGGCCAUCGUCGACCUAGACACAGGUCUUUGCAAAGGAUUCGGAUUUGUUCAGUACUACAGUUUCGAAUCCUGCGAGAACUGCAUCCGAGGCUUCUUUUACCUGGGUUACCAAGCCAGUUUCGCUCAGAAGUCUCGCAAUUCUCGCCUCAAGGACCUCGAAGACAGAGCGUCCACAAAUAUAUAUUGUACCAACAUUCCAAUCGACUGGACUGAAGCAGACCUCCGUCGCCACUUCGAGCCUUACCGCGUGAUCUCUGAGAAGAUCAGUCGCGACGACAAAACCGGUGUGAGCAAGGAAGUUGGUUUCGCUCGAUUUGAGAGUCGCGAAAUCGCAGAGCAAGUAUUGGGCGAGUUUCACAACACUACAGUGAAGGAAAACAGUGUCAAGCUGCUGCUUCGAUUCGCGGACACCAAGGCUCAGAAAAUGCUGAAGCAGCAGAGCAACGAGCGUCGGGCAUACCGCGCUGGCGAGUACAAUUACUCCGUGGAAGUUGUGCAGGGAUCAACCCCAUCGCCCUCUGUGCAGCGUCUUCAGCAGACCGGCACUCUCCUUACACCGAACUCUCAGGGAAGCUUUACCUCGCCAACUGGUAUGGGAUCGGGCUCGAACUGGACCCCAGCAACUUCGAUCUCGCCUACCUUUGCGUUGAUGAAGGACUCUGCGAACAGUGCUCGCUACAGCUCACUUUCGUCUCGCUCUCUUAACGCGCUUGAGAGUACCCCUGUGUCUCGUCGCCGCUUUGCGAACCGCCGAUCCAUGACCGACAUCUCCGCCGGGUCUUCAAAGACUGCUGUCCCGGACUCUCCUACCUUUGAGCCCCGCUCAUACAUGUCGAGUCCUCGGAAGGAAAAUAUCAAGGCUGGUAGCCUGUCUCCCCUUCCAUCUCGCAUGGAGACUAUGACACCUGCUUCAGUUGCGUGA